AUGAAAACAAUACAGAAAGGCGAAAUACAAAUAAAUAAUAAUAAUAAUAAUAAUUAUAAAAUAAAGGUUUCUAAAGAAAUAAAAAAAAAAAAGAAAAAGAAAAGAAAUAGAAGAAUAACAAGAAAAACUAAAAAUAAACAAAGGAUGUCAGUGAAAUUAAGUGAAUUAGUUUCAAAUACGACAAAUGAUAUAUAUGAAUCACCAUCAGAAAAUGAGAUGAGAACAAUCUGUGGAAUUGUAGAAAAAGUAGAUGGAGCUGAAGUUGCAUUAAGAAUUCAAAUAGAACAUAAAAUGAGUGAUUAUAUAAAGAAAAAAAUAAGUGAAGGAGAAAUGUAUAAUGUUCUUGUUCUUACUGAUUUUGUUGCACAAAAAUCACCACAAUUUAGAACUCAAGUUGCUGAUUUAUCAUUUGUUUCAUUACUUCAAACAAUUGGAAAGAUGAAAAAAAAACAUACAAAAGUAAGUCUUGUUGAAGGAAAAGUUAGAGAUUUAAUAGCAACGUGGGGAUCAUAUUAUCCAAAUGAAAUGUGUGAAUACUCAGUAUUAUAUAAAAAAUAUUGUAGUGAAGAAGUUAUUAAUCCAAUGAUUCAACCAACUACUUUUCUUCCAAAUGAAAUUACUAAAUUAUUACCACACGUUGAACAUAAUUUAAGAAAUAUUUCUAAAGGUUUAGAAAUGGGUGUUGGUGAUUUAGAAAAUAUUUAUAAACAUGCAACUAAAAUAAAUACUAAAUUCCAAGAUGAAAUAACUAAAAUAAAGAAAGAAAGUAAUAGGUAUGAUAGUCAAAAAUUAAAUGAAAUAUUUGCUACUGGUGAUAGAUUAAAAGAUGCUCUUAAACAACUUGAAUCUGAAUUAACUAAAAGAAAUCAUCAUAUCACUGAUAUUGAUGAUGUGGCAACUUCUAUUAAAGAAGGUAUGUUUAUUAGACCUACUCCUAGAAGACUUAAUGUUACAAUUGUUCCUCCACCAUCAUCAAACAAACCACAUACAAUUCUUAUGAAAAGAUAUGACUCCCCUGUAAUUUCGUUAACACCAAAUUCUUUUACUACUAACAAUAAUCUUUACGUUAAUACAGAACCACUUUUUGAUAUUAAAAGUCACAGUCCUCUUUCAAAAACAUCAUCAAAUCAACAACCUCUUGUUCAAAACACAUCCUCAAUUAUUAAUAAAUCUAUUUCUCCUAAUAUCUUUGAAAUGGAUGAAGAUAUUGACCAACAACAUCAACAAUCUUCAAAUACAACUAUGCCUUCUAUUCUUUAA